AGAAGGGUGGAAAACUGCCGGAUGGCUGCUCCUGAAGGCGCAUUCUCUGCAGCGCUUAGGCGGUCACAAGACUUGGACAUCGGUGAGCAAAAACAUCGACUUGCUGACAGGUCAGCUAGAAGCUUACAGGCCCACAGAUUCUUCUCUUCUCUGUAUCCAACAUCCAACAAGUUGGUCCAUUUGGAAAACGACUUUCCUGCGCGGUGCUGCGCCACGGUCUUUGUCGUUUAUUUUCUUCAAUGGAAAAAUCAGUGGGGCUCUUUUUUAAUUGUUAAACCAUUACUCUGUCCGGAAAGGGUGAUUUUUAUUUGGAGCUGAAAAGUCCUGUUAACCUACAACUAGUGAUGUUUUGGUGCGUAAAGGAGGGGCGCAUGCCAAAGUGAGCGAAUGCCACUGGAAGAAAUUGCACCAAAGAUGUCAACAUUGCCUUACCACCCACACGAAAUCGAUUGUAUUACCUUCAACAAGGUGGCUCCUCGUAUAAAUAGGGACGCAUUAUUUCAAGAAAGACGGUGGUGAGCGCAAUCUGCUGGCUGUACUCUUUCUCUCUCCUAUCCGGACCACAGACAACGCCUGGGAGAAUUUGCUGAAGACAACUGUGUCCACUCUCCAGGACAUAAGCAUAUUUAACUCCUAAACUAACACUGAAGUCAUGCAGGCGGAGAGGAAAUGGCACAUUUUGUUUACUAUCUUCUUCCUGCUCAUUACCUCGGGCCAGUGUAUGGACAGCAAGGACUUCAAGCAGAAAGAAAGAAGGACCCUGUUGGAUCUAAUCUUACAGGUUAUUAGAGACAGCCAGCAAAGGGAAAAACCCGUCUUCAGGCGCUGUAGCAGUGGACUCACUUCAGCCCAAGACAUGAAGUUCUCCUCCCGGGAAAAGCCUUUCUAUGUUCCUAGGCUGGAUAACAGUAGACUCAUAGAAAUUGUUCCUAGAGAUGUAAACAUGAAAGGCAAAUUCAUUCAGCAUUUCACAGCAGGACCAGUCAAGUUCUCGUCGGAGUGCAGGACACACUUUCAUAGACUUUAUCACAACACAAGGGAUUGCUCAAGACCAGCAUAUUACAAAAGAUGUGCAAGACUGCUAACACGAUUAGCAAUGAGUCCACUCUGCAUGCAAUCGUAGAUAUUGCAUGUAAUAAUUGAAGAGGGACAAAUGUGUUGCCAAGGAAGUGCCUUCAAAUCCACAGCAGUCAUAUGAACAUUGUUGUGUUUAUAGUGUUUCUAUUUUUGUUGUUUUUGUUGUCAUUAUUGUAAAUGCUGAUGGACAUUGUUGGUUUUUGAAUGGAUGUGCUUUUUAUUUUAAUGUACCUGUAUGUACCAUAUAUUUGUGAGGAAACAUUCAUUUAAUAUUAAAUGCACCUAUUUAUUGAAAGGGUAUGUAUAUAAUAAUUUCACAAACAUCCAAAUUAAGAUUAUUUUGGUUAUAAAAGUCAUAUCUGAUGGAGAGGAAGCAUUUAUGUAAUAUAAUAUAUAUAUAUAUAUGAAUUCCUUUUCCACUAUAUGCUGAUAUUAUAUUCUGAAACUGGUCUGAAAGAUCUGUCACGCUCCUCCGUUGUCUUCAUUACAUUUUAUUUGGCACUUGAGUGAUUGCUGACAAUGAGAACAUAUGGAAUGAUGUGGUGAUAUGCACUGCAGUAUUAAACAAUAAAGAAAUAUUGAAGCACAGCAUAUUUUGCUAUUAUUGGAGAUGAGGGGGAUGAGGGUAAGUGUAUGUGGUCUUUUAAUGACGGCCCGACAUUUAUCCCAGCCUACAGUCUUGUCCUCUGCUCAGUGUCAUUUCAAUUUGUAAAAAGCACUAAACAAAACUGGAUUUCAUUCCAAACUUGUUGCAGUAAGAAUAUUUUUUUCUCUUUCUGGCUCAAACAUUACUCUUUUAUUUUUCAGCUCUUUAAUGAUGCGGUCUCCCCUGUCCCUCCCUGCUCCUCUUAGCAGGUGUUUCCUUUGCUGUAUACAUACUAACAAAAAUUUGUUGCAAAAGUUCUGGCAGUCAGUCACAGCUGUCAGAUAUCUUGGAUUCUGGGACUCAACAGGAUGUUGAGCAAUUCAGAGUAUUGCAAAAGAAUAGCAAAAGCUUAGCAAACUCCUUAAGUGAUCACAUGUGCAAGGCAUUUGAAACGUUUGUAGUUUUCUACGGGUAUUAAAUUGUGUAGCUAUAUAUUAAUGUAAGUGGAUGAUCACAGUUUUAUCUUUUUUUCUUACUUUGGAGUGUCUUUUUGCCUUUUCGAAGGCUUGGCACAUUGCUUUGGCAAGAGUUUCUCGUACAGUUGAAAAAGCAGUUUAGGAGGUAAAACUAUUUCAAGCAAACCUGUUCCACAUCAACACAAUCCAAUGUGCCUGCAGACCACGAGCCUCAGACUAGCUGAAAUCUGAUAUGCGGCGAACAUGUCUAACUUGACUUUGUGCCAGACAAGAAAAGUGUCAGCAAACAACAUGUAUGGGAAACUUAAGAGAUUAAAACAAACAAAGCUGCAAUUUCCUCACAUUAGCUAUCUGAUGGUAGAUAAAGGCAUCAGAGCUGCCAUUCAAUGCAACGUUUCUUGAUCAUUGUGUAUUUCUGUAAGGAGUUUAAAUGACCUAACCUUACAGUAACUAUAAAGUCCUGACAAAAUAAACAGGAUCCAACAUUC